GAGAAAGAUUAAAAACAUAUCGCGUCUUUUGUUCUCUUCUUCACAGUUCCUAAUCAUCAAACCAAAAAUAAAUAAUCGAAUAAUAUUUGUUGGCAAAUCUCAUCUUUCUGUUUUCGUUGAUCACUCUUGAGUUUCAGAGACAUGGCGCUCUCGAAGUUCGUUGCUUUGUUACUUCUCUUCGCCUUGGUUUUCACCACCGGUGUGUUUUCCGAUGCCGGAAUCGACGGCGGUGAUGAACCGACAACCGCUGGAUCCGUCGGCGGCGGUUCGGACUCCGCUUCUAAGAUUCAGUUGGAUCAGCUUAAUGCCAAAAUCCGUGCCCUAGAAUCCCUCAUUGAUGAGAAAAGCAGAGAACUUAAAGGGAGAGAGGAGUUAGUAGCAGAGAAGGAGAAGCUUCUCAAAGAGAGACAGGAAAAGGUUUCUUCCUUGGAAACUGAGGUUUCAUCACUUAGGGAAAAGGGUUCAUCAGAUUCUGUGGAACUGUUGGAAAAAGCUCAAGCACGAGUUAGUGAAUUAGAGAAGCAGGUAGAGGUACUUAAGAACUUUCUGGAGCAAAAGAAUAAGGAGAAAGAAUCUACUGAAGCUCGGAUUAGUGAAGCCGAGAAAAAGCUAAACGAAUUGAACUCGAGAUUGGAUAAACUUCACAAAACAAAGGAAGAGCAGAAGAGCAAAAUACGAAAACUUGAGCGUGCUCUUAAAAUUUCAGAGGAAGAAAUGUUACGGAUGAGGCAUGAAGCGGCCACAAAGGCUAGGGAACUCCAGGAGGUUCAUGGGUCGUGGCUUCCUCAUUGGCUUGCUGUACACUGGGUUCAUUUCCAGACUGUUGCUGGGCCACACUGGGAUGCCCACGGAAAACCGGUUAUUGAGAAAGUAACUCAAAAGGUGACGCAAGCGAAGACUCAAGCUGAAAAGUGGGCUGAACCACAUCUGGUUAAUGUUAAAACUAAAUAUAUUCCAGCCGUUAAAGAGACUAUCAAAACGCAUGUUGAGCCACACGUACACACACUAUCUACCAAAGCCAAAGAGGCUUACCAUGCUUCCAAGAGUGCAGUUACUCCACAUAUUGUCAAGUUUCAAGAACAUGUAGAUCCAUAUUACCAGGAGGCUAGAAAGUUCAGCAAGCCAUACGUUGAUCAAGUGGCCUCGGCCACAAAACCACAUGUUGAUAAGGUGAGAGCUACCAUGAAGCCUUACACAAAGAAGGCUAUUCAUCACUACAAAGAGUUUCUAAAAUCUGCUACAACGUAUCACCAUCAGGUUCAAGCCAAUGUCGAAAGAAAAUUGAAGAGCCAUGAGCUGACGGCACCGUUUGCCACCAAAGAGUUCAUUUGGUUUGCAGCAUCUGCUUUGUUGGCGUUGCCCAUCUUCAUAGUGUACAGAUUCCUCUGCGCUCUCUUCCGCACAAAGACGAAGAAGCCUACUCGACACUCUCAGCAUCAAGGUCGUCGUAAGGCCAAAAGGGCUCAUUUUGACAAGUGA